CCUUAAUAGUAAACCCGGUACAUGAUGUUGGUGUCGGUCAAAGCCUUCGGCUUUCUGCAUUCUUCAUCAUUGCUGUUCACUGUAUCCAACGCUCUAAAACCACCGUUAUACUGAUCGAUAGUUGAAAUGAAGCAACACGGAGGUCGUCUUGCGAAAAUGAAGCGCUGUAACUUCUGGGAUGACAACAAGAAACCAAGGCGGGCCAAAGGGGCAUUGUUUGGUUGCUGGAGGAAGGACGAAUCUUGUUUCUUUGUACAUCCGACAGAAAAAGAUUGGGACACGGCCGAACUGUCUUAUCCUCCUCCGGCACACGAAGUUCAAGACAACGAUAGCGACUUCUACUACGAGCUGAUCACCAGCAGAAACAGGAAACAGGGCGGUUCUUCUGUGUUCUCAGACUCUCAUCGCGAUUGCCACAGACAUACUAGCCCCCCCAACAGUCCUCGAGUACGUCGACCGGAAAGUAUGGGCAGCAAACGGUCACGUUCACCGGCCACAUCAGUGGCUGAAUCAGAUCAGCUCGAAAAACUACGAAGAGAUGACGGCGAUAUCCGGCGUAAGAGCACGACAAGUUCGUCUUACUCCAGACGUCGUAGUCCCCCUCCCCCUCUGGAUGAUCGCGGGAGGCGUGGUGACAGAGCUCGCUCACCAAUACCUACCAGAAGGUUAUCGCCACCGCGGUCCCAAAUGUCUAUAACAAAAACCCCAAUGCCUCCCCCUCCUCCCCCACCAUCGCAAAAUCUCCCUCAACCGCAUGCUCCUCAAGGCACUCCGCCUACGAGACCACCCCCUCCCGUCCCUAUGCCACCAUCUUUCCUUUCCCUGGAUGUAUCACAAAAGCCACUUGAAAAGUCUCGAUUAUUAUCGGCAGAUGAACUACGCAAACUCUGGCAUGAAAGAGUGGAUCUCCUGUUUGCAUCCGUAAAGGCGCGCGAACAGUGGAGCAUAGCCGAGAGGGACUUGAGUUUACGCAAGCUGGGCGAGUCGUCGCGCGGCGUGUCAAACACACGUAUCACAGCUCAGACGCGUGCCCUGGAGUUGCAAAUCCAGGCGAAGAAGACAGAGAUCUUCGAUAUCAUGCAAAAACUCACUGCGUCAGAUUUCUGGCCGGCUCUCAAGUCACCUGAGUUGCAGAGCGUGGAAGCCAAGUUCCUCGGCAUGAAGCAACAAAUAUCAGAACUGAGAGAUUCGGUCACCGAGCUCAGUACAUCUUUUUCUGCACUCCUCAAAGUAAAGGACGCUGGCGUCACUUCCAAAGACUCGGGUGAACCCCCACUGAAGAAGCGGAAGUUAGAAGGGGAGGAGGCUGGCUCUAGUGAAGUCACUUUUUCACUCAGUGCCUUGGACGAGCUUCAAGAACGCUUGGGCGGUGUUGACCGCCAGCUAAGCGAUCUCCAGAAUGACGUUUACCAGCGCAACUCGAUCGUAGAGGAGGAGAUCGAGUCUCGCAUCGACGCCCGACUGGAAGAGGUGGACAUGUUCCCGGAUGAAGAUGAUAUAAAUCUUUCGUUAGCUGCUGUUACUGCUGAGGUGCAGACCGAGACAGCCAGGGCCCUGGAGGUGAUCAGUGUAACCGACCAACAGCUAGGAGAAGUGGUACAGGAGGUUGCGAACUUGAUUCUGCAGAGCAAAGGUACCGACGAUGAAUCUACGCGAUUAAGACAGGAAAACGAGCAGCUCAAAGCUGAGAUCGUCAAGCUCAAGGCUUCAGCAGAGGCUGACGCCAAGCUUGUACAGCAAAACAACGAAGAAGUAGGGGCUUUGGCGGCAGCGCUACAGGCCUUCAUCUCACAAGCUCCUCCACAACCCCCACAACCAGUCAUUCCGACCAACGAGUAUCUUAUGGAAGAGCUCGAAGAUGAUAUUGUUUCCAGCGUCAGCAAGCACAUCCAGCCUCUCCUGGUGAUUAUCAAGGACGACGUCUCCAAGAUGAUAGAUGACGAGAGCACUUCCAUGUAUCGAACUCUGUGGCCAAAGAUCGAGCUCGUGUUACGUAUGGUAGACACGAUUGCAAAGGGCAGUAAUGUCAGUGUCGAACCGCAGGAGUAAGAACGUAUCAGUAUUCGCUGGACUUCCAGAACAUAGUUACACAUCCCUACCAUAGCAUGUAUAAUGUCAGUGUGAAUCCUCUGAGUCAUUCAAGUCAAUGAUAUAGAUAG